AUGCCGCCACGGAUACCAGGCGUCCAGCGCCUCGGCGCCCUCCACAACCUCUGCCUCCGGCCAGCUCCCUCGGCCGCCCCCUCCCAGCUGCCCCUGACCCAGACGGCCUCGCUGUCCCAGAAGGAGAAGCGGCGCAUCGCGAAGCAGGACCCCUACCGCUGGGCCCAGAUGCAGCAGCGCCAGGCCACCCACGACCGCAUCAAGGAGCGGCUCGCCGCCGAGCGCGAGGCCGCCCACGGCGACCCGGUCCGCGGCCUGCCCACGCCCUUCGUCGAGUCCUUCGACAGCGCCGGCCAGGCCGCCCUGUCCCGCCCGCGCGUCGACAUGCACGGCAACCCCAUCGAGGACCCCCACCCGCUGCCCACCAGCCCGCACAUCCUCAACAACCUGGUCUCGCGCCGGGAGCUCGACGACGCCGCCCGCCACGCCUACGAGCUGACCCGCCCGCUGCCCCCGGACGCCCCGCUCGGCGUCGAACUGGACGCCGCCGACCCGGAGGCCCAGGCCCGCCACCAGGCCCGCCUCGACGCCCACGACCAGUCGCACGCCGCGGCCGUCGAGGCCCUGACGCGCAUCGUCGACCUGAACAGCGGCUCGGCCAAGGACCGGCGCCACGCCAACAUCCGGCGCUGCGUCGAGACCUUCGGCCGGCACCAGACGGACCAGACGCUGCGGCCGCGGGCGCUGGCGCGCGGCGUCGAGCGCGAGGAGAAGCCGGUGCGCGGCGGGCCCGACACGGGCAGCAGCGAGGUCCAGAUCGCCAUCCUGACGGCCAAGAUCCGCGCCCUGGCCAACGCCCUCGAGACCGGCCGCGGCUACAAGGACAAGGUCGGCAAGCGCGACCUGCGCCUCAUGGUCCACCGCCGCCAGCGCCUGUUGCAGUACAUGGAGCGCAAGGAGCGUGGCAGCGACCGCUGGCACCACAUGCUCCAGACUCUGGGUCUGAGCCCGGCGACCUGGAAGGGACAGAUCACGUUGUAA